AUGUCUCGUGGACAAGAACCCCUUCUCGCACGCCCAGACUCCCCUGGCUCCUCCGCUCGAGACAUCGAAGAAGAAGAUGCUCUCUUAACCGGCCAACCUACGAAUCGAACGCCCAACAAAGCCCAGAAAUGGAAGGAAAUCGGUCUCUUUCUGUGGGCUCUUCUGGCAACUAUUGCUGUUGUCAUCCUGGCUGUCAUAUACCAACACGAGACGUCAAUACCUCGCUCUGACCCGAAGCAAGGCGGCGGUUGGGGUCCAGAUGGGAAGCCAACAGGGAAGCGGAACAUGAUCUUCAUGGUAUCCGAUGGUAUGGGACCGACAUCUCUAUCGCUGACGAGAAGUUGGAGACAAUACACCAGUGGGCUUCCUAUGGAUGAUGUCUUGGUGCUGGACAAGCAUCAUAUCGGCACUUCAAGGACUCGCAGUUCCAGCAGUCUAAUCACGGAUUCAGCCGCUGGCGCAACCGCCUUCUCCUGUGCCUUCAAGAGUUAUAACGGUGCUAUCUCAGUGCUACCUGAUCACACUCCAUGUGGUACGGUUCUGGAAGCUGCAAAAAGAGCAGGUUACAUGACAGGGCUAGUGGUAACAACAAGAAUCACGGAUGCGACACCAGCAUGCUUCGCAGCUCAUGCCAAUCGCAGAGAAUAUGAGGAUCUCAUUGCGGAACAAAUGGUCGGACAUUAUCCUUUGGGGCGCGUUGUCGAUCUGCUCAUUGGUGGAGGGCGAUGUCACUUCCUCCCCAACACAACCGAGGGGUCUUGUCGAGCUGACUCAACAGAUGUUGUUGCUCUGGCCAAAGACAAAUAUGGCUUCAACUACAUCGACAACAGAAAAGACUUUGACAAGUUGACGUCUGAAGGUGAUGUCAAGCUACCUUUACUGGCUCUUCUGGCGUCAACAGACAUCCCGUACGAGAUUGACCGAGUCCAUGUUUCUGAAGUUUACCCCAGCGAGGCUGAAAUGGCCCGUCUAGCCUUGAAUGCUUUGAAGGCUGCUACCAAAGACUCCGACAAGGGUUUUUUCAUCAUGAUUGAAGGUUCUCGUAUUGAUCACGCUGGCCACGGCAAUGACCCCGCAGCUCAAGUUCAUGAGGUGCUCGCCCACGACGAAGCCUUCGCGUCUGUACUGGACUUCCUCGAAGAUGACGACACUCCAGGGGUGCUUGUCUCGACUUCAGACCAUGAGACGGGCGGCCUCGCGACAGCUCGACAGCUGCACGAGACAUACCCUAUCUACCGAUGGUUUCCAGGAGUUCUAGCCAAUGCUUCGCAUUCUGGGGAGCAUUUGGCGCGAGAGUGGCAUGAAUACCUCGGGGACUCAUCAGAGACAGUAUCCCGGGAAGACAAGAUAGCCAAGGUUUCCGAGCUCAUCAGCGCUGGGCUGGGCAUUCAAGAUUACACGCGAGAAGAGCUCGACGCAGUUAUCGACGCCAAACCGAUCUGGCCACCAAGCUACCUAUUCGCAGAUAUGAUCUCACGUCGGGCCCAAAUCGGCUGGUCUACACAUGGACACAGUGCGGUGGAUGUCAACAUCUAUGCAUCGAACCGCGACCAUGCACCUGGAUUGGUAGGGAAUCACGAAAACAUCGAAGUCGGACAAUUCAUUGCGAACUACCUCGACCUGGAUCUCGAGCCGAUCACCAAAGAACUCCGAGAAAAGAAAGUCAAGACCAGCUCCGUCGACGGCAAGAUCGAGGAAUGGGGUGAAUGGAUGGGUCCGGUCGGGUUGGCAAACAACGAGAACGGACAGCUCGUGCACCUGGAUGACUAUCACGGUGAUUUCAAGCACAGGAAACGGGAGGAGGAGAUGGAUUGCAACUGCGGAAUGGAGCAUUAG